GCGUGAUGCAAAAUCAAGCCACCAUCCAGAAUUUCAUACAUUCCUGCUCACAAGCUGGAAUUUCAUUAUUCUGCAUUCAGCCGCUGAGGGAGACAACCUAAUUCAUACAAACAAUCUGGCAGCUGGAUACUACUGAUUACUGAGCUAGCAAGUUAAGCAUAUUAUUUAUUUUUCACAAUGUGCAGUGAAUGCUUGCUCUACCUAUUCUUGUGAUUAGAAACAGCCUUGGAUUGUUGUCUGGGUCUAGAGGGAUGAUUUCUGCAGCUGACAAAAGUUCUAACUUCAUAGAGAAUAAUAUUUUUCUCUAAAGCAACAAGAAAGGGCUGAUUGCCAUCAGGGAUCACCGUCAUUGACAACAUACUAGAAGAGACAGGACAUGGAUACGUUUUUUAAGCCUGUUCACAGCCCCUCUGGCCCUGAUGAGAUCAAGCCGCGGAGGCAUCACCACCACCAUCUCCCCCCUCACCACGAACCACACACCCAGUCACACAGGUACACAAGCGUUGAUGACACAGACAGAAACACGGAUGAAAGCCACGGGCACCAUCGUCACCAUCAACAUGGUCGCUAUCUCCAUGACAAUCCUCAUUAUAACUCCCACCAUCAUCAUCAUCAAGGCCGGCAGUUUCACCACAGCGAAGUGGAUGAGAUCCUGUACAACAACGAAACACCUGUAACUCCCUCUAGGGCCUCCUCUCUUCCCUGUCUUCAUCCUCUUCCUCCUCCUCUUUUUCCUCAUGGUACACAGAGGAAAAUGCAUAUGAUCCAUUCUCUCUUCGUCACCCUGAGCAGCCACAGCACUCCCUGUCCUGCUCCAACAUCUCAGAAGUGCGCAGAGGUUUUCGGGAGGACGAUGGCAAUGAGCCCAUUGUCUUUGCCACCAUCAAACACAGAAAUAACGGCAGUGUGUGUAGUGAGACACAUGGGAUUGCACAAAAGAGGGUAACGCGUGGUUUUCCUUGUCUGGAUAGGGGUCACAGUAGAAGUGAAGAAGGCCUCCUGCAGGGUAAUGAAAGUGAUCUUGGAGGAGAACAAUCCAGGGUACCACAAAAUAACUAUGGACCUCUGCAUAAGGCAGUUAGUUUGAACCGAAGCCUGGCUUUGAACGAGGAGGAAUUUCUGCUUGGUGUUGGAAGGGGACCCAAGAGAGCUGUGUCCUCCAGUCAGCUACCCAGCAAAGGCAUCCUAAAAAACAAGGAGCCCCAUACUGACAUCCGCAAGGCCAAGUCGAUGGAGGUGCUAUCACCAAGAGUUACCAAACAACCCAUUGGGCAGAAAGGGAAAGGAGGCACUCAAGUGGAGCACGCCAGGGCAACUUUUGUGAAGGAAAAGUUGCAAUUCUCAGCUUUUCUAGAUGAGAUUACAAAACAGGUCAUAAGCCCAUCGGCUCUCAAUAUCCUGGGUGUGAACAAGGAGAAAGCUACUGUGAAGACACCUGUCCCACCCCCGCAAUCACCUGGACCAGUCAAGCCCCAGCUCCCACCAAAGAAGCACAGAGGGAGUUUAGGGGAAGUGAGGGAGCAGAAACAGCACAACAACAGGACGGAAAGGGCCCCUCGCAGUGGCUCUCGGAAACAUUCGGACUGCUCCAAUCCUGAGAAACUGAUCUCAUAUGGGGAUAGGAACCACCAUGGCAGCCCCCCACCUCAUCCUUACCCCCGGUCUCCAAGCGUAAACUCUCACCACGAGAGCAGCCGUAAAGACAGGAGGCCCUCUCCCACUGGGGGCUCCGUGUCAGGGGACAGAUAUGGUCGAUGUGGGCCUCAGCUCACAGAUGGCACCUGCACCAGUCCUGAACCCAUCCAGCCCAAACAUCGCCAACACCGCAAACAGCUGCCCACCACCUCCCACAUUCAGUCCACCCAACAUUACCCCCAGCACCAGCCUCAUCCCGGCCUUGGGCACAGAGGGCUCAGCAGCCAGGGUGUGGGGCCAGCUCACGGAUCUGAGUCUUCAUCCUCCAAAUCUGAUUCUCCCAGGGGCAGAGACACGGCCUCCACCGCUACCAGCCACAGCUCAGAGCUGAGUGAGCGACACCAGUCACAGCAGCAUGCGGGGCCACCACUACCGCGCAGGGACACACUUUUUGAUGCCAGCCAUCUCCAGGCGCUGCAGGAGGAAAAUUCAGAUCUUCACCAGAACUUGGUGCAGACUGUGGUUUGCAUUGAGAGCCUGGAGGCAGAGCUGCAGAGGACCAGAGACGAGCUUGGCCUCGUCAAGGAGAAAUAUAAAAGCCUUCUAGAUACCCACACAGGGACCAAGCAGGCCAAUAACCUACUGGGGGAACACCUGCAUGUAGCGUCAGAGAGCCUGACCAGUGAAAGAAAGUACCUGCAGACCCGAGUGUCCCAGCUGAGCUCAGAGUUAGAGGAUGCCCACAGGACCAUCGCAGCCCUGGAGAACAUCAAUGUGCCGUGCUUGAUAAAGGAUUUAUUGGAGAAGCACUUUGGUUCAACUGAGGCCAUACAGAAGCUCCUGACCACCUCUGCUCCGAUCCACCAACCUGCUGCCUCCCUGCAGGCCGGGGGCCACCAAACACCUAAAGUGGAGGAGGCAGUCAAUGAUUGGUUGAUGAAAUCAGAGGCGGCUCCGAAGAGGGUCAGAGCCUUCAUACCAUUUAAACAGGGGGGGGCAACAACAGGAACUGAAAGCAGUGUUUCUGCUCAGCAGGAGUCCAGCCACAGCCCCCCUUUCUCUGUAGCUGACAUCAGCACUUCUAUCUAUAAUAAAAUGGCUGCCAGUUAUGCUGCUAGGCCACAGCCUCAAUAUCCUGAAAUCCAACAGCAGCUUGCUUUGGCCACUAACCACACUGACACCCCUCAGAACCUCCAGCAGGCCCAUGUGGGUGGGGACAGCUGGGGUGUUAAAGCAGGGGUAAAGGUAACGCUUUUGGAGCAGGACGUUGUGGAUGUGACUGCCGUGUCAGCCCAGCAGAUCCUGGAUGAUUUCCUGCAGCAGCUGCAGCUCCAUAAGGAGGCGGGAGGAGGGGAACAAAGAGGAAGAGUGGCAAAAUGAAAAUGCCAUCCAACAACAGGGCAGUGUUAAUAUAAAUGAUUGUGUUAUUGCAUUGAAAUAUGUAAGUCAUUGUUAUUAGAUAUAAGUCCCCAAAAUACAAAACAUCUGUUAUUUUUUGGCCUGUAUAAAGUGUACUUUUGAGGUAUACUUUGAUUGGUUUUAAUAACCAGAGGAAUAAGAAGGAAAGUCUUUGCACGAUUUCGAAGUACAACAUUAUUACCCAUAAUUUUUUGGCAAAAUAAAACCUUGGUAGUUCAAAUGCCAAAAUGUAGUUAAAAUGUGAACAUGCAGUAGUUGAGAAAAUAAACACACUAGAGAAACUUUUUCAUUUAAUAUAUUUCAAUUUAAAUGUUUUUUUAAAAUAAUGUAUUUACUGUGUAUUUCCAUAUCCUGUUGCCCUCUAAUUUUCCUCAAUUUAACAGAGAAUCUUUCAGUCAAAUCUUGUCUUCAGUGUCACUGUUGAGUUUCCAAAUAUACAUAAUAUAUAGUAAUUAUUUUUAAAAAGCCUGUCGUACAAUAACAAAAAGUUAUUUACUUCUAUUUUAAGCAAUAACCAUGGAGAAAUCCCUCUUGGAAUUUUACACUCAAAUGUUCACAUCUGUUAUUCCUUACUGUGACUGGAUAUUUGUUAAGAAAUAACUUUAGUAGGAAGGUGCCUGAUAUAAAGGUCAGAUCUAAAAAAUGCAGAUGGGCUGAUAUGAGGAUAAUGUUAUAACAUUAUUUAUGUGAACAUUUAAAUUAGUAUAAAAAUUAGUAAAUAUUUUUUGAAUUUGUAUAUAUGACACAUACAUGUACAAGCCUUUAACUCCUGCCACGAUAUGGGUUAAAUGUUAAUGUUAUCUAGUGGGUAGAACAUACGUGAGACACGUAGCGACACGUUCGUGUUAUUUUAAAUUAUAGAGGCCCUAUCCCUCAUCACUGUAAAUGUAACCCUAUGUAUUAUGCAGUUAUAUAUCUAGUCUACAUCACUGUAAUAUUUCUCUGUAUCCUCCUGGAUGUUCUACCAAUAAA